GGCGGGCAGGGCGCCGCGCCGGGCGGGCGGUGAGGAGGGCAGCGGUGCUGGCGCGGCGAUUUCGGCGUCUGGACCGCCUCCGCUCAGCUUCACCCACAGACGGCGCGGGAGGAUGAACCUGGAGCGGCUGAGGAAGCGGGUGCGGCAGUACAUCGACCAGCAGCAAUAUCAAAGUGCCCUGUUUUGGGCAGACAAAGUAGCUUCACUGUCUCAUGAGGAACCACAAGAUAUCUACUGGUUAGCCCAAUGUCUUUACUUAACAGCUCAGUACCAUAGGGCAGCACAUGCCCUUCGAUCACGUAAGCUGGACAAGUUAUAUGAAGCAUGUCGCUACCUUGCAGCUAGAUGUCACUAUGCUGCAAAAGAGCAUCAACAGGCCCUGGAUAUUCUUGAUAUGGAAGAGCCAAUAAAUAAAAGGCUUUUUGAAAAAUACUUGAAGGAUGAAAGUGGAUUGAAAGACUCUACCACAGACUGGGAGAUGUCACAGUCAUCUAUCAAGAGCUCUAUAUGCCUUUUGCGAGGGAAGAUCUAUGAUGCUUUGGAUAAUAGAACCCUAGCAACAUACAGCUACAAAGAGGCCUUGAAGCUUGAUGUUUACUGCUUUGAAGCAUUUGAUCUUUUAACAUCGCACCAUAUGCUGACAGCACAAGAAGAAAAAGAACUUCUUGAAUCUCUACCUCUUAGCAGACAAUGUACAGAAGAAGAACAAGAAUUGCUUCACUUUCUGUUUGAGAAUAAAUUGAAAAAGUAUAAUAAACCCAGUGAAACACUGAUUCCUGAAUCAGUAGAUGGUCUUCAGGAAAACCUGGAUGUGGUAGUAUCCCUAGCUGAAAGGCACUAUUAUAACUGUGACUUCAAAAUGUGUUACAAGCUUACUUCUGUAGUGAUGGAAAAAGAUCCUUUCCAUGCAAAUUGUUUACCUGUGCAUAUAGGAACACUUGUGGAGCUCAAUAAAGCAAAUGAGCUUUUCUAUCUUUCUCACAAACUGGUGGACUUGUACCCAAAUAAUCCUGUGUCAUGGUUUGCAGUAGGCUGCUACUAUCUCAUGGUUGGCCACAAAAAUGAACAUGCCAGAAGAUAUCUCAGCAAAGCUACUACACUUGAAAGAACAUAUGGACCUGCGUGGAUAGCAUAUGGACAUUCAUUUGCAGUUGAAAGUGAGCAUGACCAAGCAAUGGCUGCAUACUUCACAGCUGCACAGCUCAUGAAAGGGUGUCAUUUGCCAAUGCUCUAUAUUGGACUGGAAUAUGGUUUGACCAACAACUCAAAGUUAGCUGAAAGGUUUUUCAGUCAAGCUUUAAGCAUUGCUCCUGAAGAUCCUUUUGUCAUGCAUGAAGUUGGAGUGGUUGCAUUUCAAAAUGGAGACUGGAAAACUGCAGAGAAGUGGUUUCUGGAUGCACUGGAAAAGAUCAAAGCUAUUGGAAAUGAGGUAACAGUUGAUAAGUGGGAACCUUUACUGAACAACUUAGGACAUGUCUGCAGAAAACUCAAGAAAUAUGAAGAAGCACUGGAAUACCAUCGCCAGGCUCUAGUACUUAUACCUCAAAAUGCUUCUACCUACUCUGCCAUUGGCUACAUACACAGCCUCAUGGGCAGUUUUGAGAGCGCAAUCGACUACUUUCAUACGGCCCUUGGUCUUCGGAGGGAUGACACAUUUUCAGUCACAAUGCUUGGACAUUGCAUAGAAAUGUAUAUUGGUGAUUCUGAGGCCUACAUUGGAACAGAGAUCAAGGACAAGUUAAGAUGUUAUGACUUUGAUGUACACACAAUGAAGACGUUAAAGAACAUAAUUUCACCUCCCUGGGAUUUCAGAGAAUUCGACAUAGAAAGACAAAGUGUGGAUGAAAGUGGUAUAGUAACGUUAGAUACGUCGCAUCAAAGGAAAACUACAGAUACCAGUCGCCCGUUGGAAGAAACAUUUGAGAUUGAAAUGAAUGAAAGUGAUAUGAUGUUAGAAACAUCAAUGUCAGACCAUAGUACGUGACCAUAACUGCUGGUGGAAAGCUCAUUUUGUCUGAGUGUAGUAUGUUUGUUUUAGCAUUUUUGUUAUGGUGUUAUACUUUCAAGAAUUUGCUAUUUUUAUAAGAAUUCAAACUACCCCUCUGUACUUGACACCGGAGAAAUAAUGCUUGCCUUAAGGAUGAUUAAAAAGUGUAUGUGACAGACUGUUUCUAUAAAACUAAUCCUAUGUGAUAAAGUGAAAAAUAAAUCCACUUUUUAAAAAAAACCACACAAAUGUUUACUGAUCCAUGUGUCUGCCAUCAGCAAGACUGAGAUUUCAAAAGUAGCAUUUAACAGAACUGUUAGCAAUGUGCUUUAAAGUGAAAAUCCAGUCUAACACAGUAUUGUCGUGACUUCUGAGUUUUCAUCCUGUCUGUGAAGAAUGUUUUCUUAGUAAAUAGACCAAAAAAAAAUCCAUGAAGUUUUAUACUUAGUACUUUGUUUUCCUUUAAGGAGCAAUUUCAGUAUUUUUUUCCAUUUGAGUCUAAUUUGUUGUCCAUUAAAUUGAUGACAAUACAUGUUACUUUGUUAUAUUUUCUCCUAGUCAUUAACUUAAGUUCUUUACCAUUAUUCUAUAUUAUAUUACUGAAAGAUCAUUUAAGAUCUGGUUUUGUUAAGCUGGCUAGACAACAAAUACAAAUGGCAUAAACAUGAAGAUAAAUUAGUCUUACCUGCCAGUAGUAGUAUCAUGAAGUUGCAAGCCACAGCACACUGCUGUAGGGACCACAGUCAUUCUCUUUAUACAUAGCUGUUUUCUCAGUGCAAAUGAUUAACCAAGUAAUACACAUACACAGUUUUCACAUGUCUCUGAAGACAGGUAUUUGUACAUGUCAUCACUGAAAAGUGGAGAAGUAAAGCGUCUGCCUCUGCAGUGGAAGCAGUGAUUUGGCCAUCUACUGAAUAGGGCAAGUCUGUUUGCCUUCUUAGCAUGAACAUCUAUUAUUUUGUCUAAAUUUUUCCCAUCUCCUCUUGCCUGUUCCAUGUAUGGCACUGUGUAGGGCUUAAAAUUAUGCUUCAAGUUAGAAUAUUUUAUUCUGUGACUUCCAGCCAAGUUCUGGUGUUUAAUGUUUCAAAUAGAUGUCCUGAACUAUCAGUCCAGACUUAAGUUCUGAAGUAGCUCAGACUAGAAAACCAGAAGUUUUUCUGUUGGGGAAAACAAUUUUUCAUGAAGAAAAAAAAAAAGGUUAUUUUCUAGUCAGCAAAAUCAUUGGUCUAAAAUGUAAAUUCUACGCUUUAUCUCAUUAUGUCUGUGUUAACAUUUAAAUAUGCAUUUUCAAUUAUAUUUCUAGCAUAAACCUCAUAUCUUUGGUUAUUGUGAUAUUAUUGGGCAAGACAUAAACCCCCCUGGCAUAUUCAUGUGAUUUAUGAAAUAUUUCCUAUACUUUUUUUUUGCACUUUAUGUAACUAAGGAGACGAGGGAUGAAUUCAAGUACCUGUAUUGAAACCUUGCUGUCAUUUUUGCUUUUCAGCAGUCCAUCUUUCUUGAUUAAUGGUCCUUUUAGCUUCAAAAUAGAUGAUGUUUGCUUUUAAUUUUGGUGCUGAAUGGAUUACCAAAAGAUAGGAUGGUACUGUAAACUUUUGAGUAUUGUGGUUUUGAGAGUUUUGGGGUUUUUUUGUUGGUUUUUGUUUUGUUUUUUUAAAUUUUGUAUGGAGUUUUGCAUAAACUGGAAAAUAUAAACUACUCUUCCUCCCA